AUGCGUCUGUCGAGUCUCCUCUCCGGACUUUGCGCCGCGACUCUGGCCCUAGCCGCCCCGCGGACCGCGCAGAUCUACGUCCAACCCAUCCUCACCUCCACAUCAUCGCCUGUCCCCCUCGCCGAGGUCGCCUACGAUCCAUUCUCCCCCGACGUAGCCCAGAUUGUCACCUACGAGCAUCCCGAACUGCCCGCGGAAUCCAGCCUUGUUCGCGUCGGUCUUUACGAGACCAAGUCCGCCACCUGGCUCGCAGGCACGACGGUUGCCUCCACGGAGAACUUUGCAAAGGGCUACUCGCCAAACAUUCUUCUCACGGUAGACCGGAUCGGCGGCAAUGUCAUCAGCGCAGCCGUAAAGGGCGUGGCGAUCGACGCCGGGCAGACGCGGGAUUUUGGGCCCAAGGCAAUCGUUGUCGUUGAGAGCAUGGGCAAGCAGCCGGAGCUGAACAAGCCGAUUGUCCUCUCGCCCGAGGGCAAGAAGGUCGAGGAGGUGGAGAAAACGUUUUUGCAAAAAUACUGGUACCUUCUGGCCAUUGGAGCUUUCCUCCUGAUCAGCGGGGGUGGAGGUGGCUCAUAG